CGCCAACCGCCCACCUCGCGAACUCAACGGACCGUCGCAAUGGCCUCUACUGCUACCACCGUCCCCACUCAGGACCAUGUCCUCGUCCCCGAGACUCUCCUGAAGAAGCGCAAGAGCCAGGAGCAGGCUCGCGCUGUCGCCCGUGAGGAGGCCGAGAAGAAGAAGGCCGCCAACAAGGAGAAGCGUGCCACCAUCUUCAAGCGCGCCGAGUCCUACGUCAAGGAGUACCGCGAUGCUGAGCGUGAGAAGAUCCGCCUUGGCCGCGUUGCUCGCAAGGAGGGUAACUUCUACGUUGCCGAUGAGCCCAAGCUUGUCUUCGUUAUCCGUAUCAAGGGUAUCAACAAGAUCUCUCCCCAGCCCCGCAAGAUCCUGCAGCUCCUCCGUCUGCUCCAGAUCAACAACGGCACCUUCGUUCGCCUUACCAAGGCUACCCAGGAGAUGCUGACCAUCAUCAACCCCUACAUUGCCUACGGUUACCCCAACCUCAAGAGCAUCCGUGAGCUCAUCUACAAGCGUGGUUACGGAAAGGUCAACAAGCAGCGUGUUGCCAUCUCCGACAACCAGAUCAUCGAGGAGAACCUCGGCAAGUACGGCAUUGUCUGCGUUGAGGAUCUGAUCCACGAGAUCUACACCGUUGGCCCCAACUUCAAGCAGGCCAACAACUUCCUCUGGCCCUUCAAGCUCUCCAACCCCACUGGUGGCUUCCACAAGCGCAAGUUCAAGCACUUCAUCGAGGGUGGUGACUACGGUAACCGUGAGGAGAACAUCAACGCCCUCAUUCGCCAGAUGAACUAGAUUCGCCUACACUGGGCGAUUGGUGUUCGUACUGGGACAUGGACUUUGACGGCAUGAUGGUCUGAAUUAGUACAAAAAUGAAAAGCUUGACGCACUCUAUAGCUUGAUACCCUAAACGUUUUGAUUUCUUUUUGGUAAUCUUCAUGUCCAGUUAACCUUGUAGAGUUUUCAAACCUUGUACCUUCAUUAACCACAUUUACUUUCCCACCCCAUCCCCGCCAUAGAAACAGCAACGAUGUUUCGAAGAGUUUUCUCACUUAGCGACAAGGAUUGCACAUCCAUGAGCAUCGGGAUAUAUACACUUGGAAUCUUUCGGGAACCAACAUGAAGUGACAUGUUAAAAGUGAACUCCGUAUACCCUCCUGUCUUUCCGAGUCGAAUGUUGCACGACCUUUGUUUUACAUCCAAUCUAUUCAAUCCAAGUCU